CAAAGCAGUCAGAGUUAUCGGUUAUCGCUCAUCGCAAUUGUAUUAAGGUGUUUACAACCACCUUCAACAAACCAAACACGAUUUGAAUUCAAAGAAUAGAUAAGGAAGAUAAGCGCCCUUACUAAAGACUGGUAAAGAAUUUUCCACAUCGGUAGUACAACAGAGCAGCAGACCAUGUCAAAAAGCGAUGAAUUUAUAUUCCGGCGUGCCCAAGUGGAGGACAUCAAAGAUGUCUUAGCCAUGAUCCAGGAACUGGCGGACUUUGAGAAGAUGAGCAAUGGCCCACAGCUGACUGAGGCUGAUCUCAUACGUGAUGCAGGACUCUCGGGUGAACAGGAAUACUGUGAAGUCUAUGUGCUCAUAGACAAUGCCAACAACCUGGCCAUUGGCUAUUCCAUUUGCUACAAGGCAUACUCCACCUGGCAGGGACGCUAUUUCUUCGUGGAGGACAUCUACGUGAAGCCGGAGCAUCGCAAGCGGGGCGCUGGCAAGCGCAUCUUCCUCGAGGUCUCUGCGCGAGCCGUGGAGUUGAAUUGCCCUCGGUUGGAGUUCAAUGUACUCGAGUGGAAUCCCGCUCGCAAAUUCUACGAGAGCUUGGGCGCCGUAGAUUUGACCGCUCGAGAGGGCUGGCACUACUACCGCGUGGAGCAGCAGCAGCUGUCCAAACUGGCCAACGAUUUGUCCGCCUCCAAGUCCUAGUUUUAUGUUGUUUUUGGAGUUUUUUUACUUUUAUAAUACAUACAAAUAAUACUUGACCCCGGGCCAUAGAUGCUACAGAAAUAUCCAUAAAUUACAGAUUCUCCGCCACGCUGGCUAUCACAUGGAUCUGCAUGCUCUUCGUGGAAUUGUACACCUGACCGGGUGGAAAGGGAUGCACCUUGGAGUGGGCAUCGGUUUUGCUCUUGCCACCCGCCGUGUAUUUGGACAGACGUAUACUGGGCAUGGGCAGGAAGCCAGUGCUCAAGGGCAUCACAUCCAGGGAUAUGGAAUGGCUGUCCACGUCUUUCAUGGAGACGACACCUAAAAGGAUUCAGAGAGGAUUAACCAGAAAAUAUAUAUAGUGUUUAAAUCUACAGAAAGCACAAUUUAGUGGUUAAUAGAAAGCCUAGAAUUUA